UUAAUUCAUAACAACCAGAAGCUUUGACGAAAAAUGGCUAUAAUUUAGACGUCUUCAUUAGUUUACCUUCAUGGGAUAAAAAAGCGUUAUCAACAUGAAAGAACGGUUUGUAAUUUUAGUCAGCCUUGUAUCAUUAGUCGUAAUUUACGGGACAGAAGCAAUACGGGAGCGCCACAAUGAAAGCAAAGGUCAGCGACAAGGACCAAAUAUCGCCGCUGCUUUCUGGAAAAGAAGCUCAGUGCAUAAAUCGAGACUAAAAAAGCUCAAGGAGGCGACAAAUCAUAAAAUGAACGAUAAGGCGCAAAGUAAAAGACAGUUUGUCCCCGGAUUACCGUGUCUUGAUUGUCCUUUUCCUCAUGUUCAUAGGAUUAUUGUUCAUCAUCACCCAGCUCAUUCCACUUGUGAGCCAACUCCAUGUCAAAAUGGCGGUACAUGUACUGUUGUUGCUCACGGAUAUGAAUGUACUUGUUCACCAGGAUUUAUGGGAACGCAUUGUGAACUGCGAAGUCAAUGCGAACCCAGUCCCUGUAAGAACGGUGGCACUUGCUAUGACGUAGGACAAGGGUACGAAUGCACAUGUGCCAAAGGAUACCGAGGAGAAAACUGCGAAGAACUGAACAAAUGUCAUCCCAAUCCGUGCAGAAAUGGAGGCACAUGCACUGGGAUCAAUGAAGGAGAAGGAUUUGAAUGCACGUGUCGAGAGGGUUUCAAGGGAAAGAACUGCGAAGAAAUCAACCUUUGUCUUCCAAAUCCUUGCAAAAAUGGGGCAACAUGCACAGAAAGAACUGGAGGGAGAUAUGAAUGCACUUGUCCUAUUGGAUACAAAGGCGUAACGUGUGAAGAAAGGAGCAUUUGUUAUUCAAAUCCUUGUAUGAAUGGAGGGACCUGUCUUGAUGAGACAUACGGAUACAGGUGUAGUUGCAGGAUGGGGUACAGUGGUAUCAACUGUCAGCAUCACGUCUGUAAACCUAAUCCAUGUCACAAUGGCGGUUCUUGUUUGGAAGAGGGAGCCUCUUACCGAUGCGUUUGUCAAGUUGGUAACCAUGGAGACAGAUGCGAAUUAAUGAGUGCCUGUUUAUCACACCCUUGUCUCCACGGAGGAACAUGCGUGGACACUUAUUUUCUCCACAACAACGGGGAGUCAAAUAUGUACGCCGGUCCCUCUUUUGCAGACAUUGCACAGAAUGGAAUGUCAUACAUUUGCAAGUGUGUUUCUCCUUUCUCUGGGCAUAACUGUGAAGAUGAUAGUUGUCGAUAUUGCAGUCCAAAUGCAGAAUGCAUCUUGGGUCAUUGCGUUUGCAGCGAGGGAUACCAUGGAGACGGAAAAACUUGCAAAAAAAAUGUUUGCCAUCCUAAUCCUUGCAAAAAUGGUGGAAGCUGUCUUCCAACUGACUCAUCCUAUGACUGUGAAUGUACGCUGGGAUGGACUGGACCACACUGCGAAACUCGACAAUACUGUGUUCCAAAUCCUUGCAAAAAUGGUGGAACAUGCAUCCCUGAAGAAAAUGGUUACAGAUGCAGCUGUCUCAGCAAUUUUGAAGGAAAUGACUGCGAAAAGGCAAAUCCCUGCUCACCGAAUCCAUGCCAAAACUCGGGUACAUGCAAAGAAAUGAAUGGAGUGGCAACGUGUGAAUGCACUCCACAGUUUGAGGGAAAUUUCUGCAAUAUUGACAAAUGUGCCAAGUGCGACUCGCAUGCUCGCUGUGAUAAUGGGAAUUGUGUUUGCAUGGAGGGAUGGGUUGGUGAUGGACAGACAUGCACACCCAAAGGAGGCCCACCCGGUUCACGUGCCAAUCCAUGCGAUCCAAAUCCUUGUCAAAAUGGCGGGGAGUGUGUUGGUCAAGAUAAUUCUUAUCAGUGUUUGUGUAAAGAGGGCUUCUCAGGCACAAACUGUGAGUUAGGAUUGAAGAAUAACCCGUGUGACGUUAAUCCGUGCCAAAAUGGAGGCCAAUGCACGGCUGUAGACGGGAAACCUGUGUGUACCUGUCCUGAGGAGUAUGAAGGAGAAUAUUGCGAAAAGCCUAAAGGUGGUGGUCCUGGGACGCCAGGCGGCAUUAAGUCUCCGUGUCACCCAAAUCCUUGCAUGAAUGGAGGAACGUGUACGGAGAAUGGAGGUGGAUAUGACUGUUCCUGCGUGACUCAGUACAGCGGACCUAACUGUGAAAUUGACGAGUGCGAGAAGUGUGACGUGGACGCCAUCUGUGUAAAUGGCCAUUGUAAAUGUAAACAUGGAUAUUAUGGAAACGGUUAUCAAUGCGAAAAAGAACACGAUACUCAGUGUCAGGGCUGCAGUCCAUUUGCUCAAUGCCAGAAUGGAAUUUGCGUCUGCAUUGAACCUUACCAUGGGAAUGGAUAUAACUGCAGAGACCAGUUAAAUCCGUGCCAAAAUGGUGGGAUUUUCGUCAAGCUUCCCCAUGAGUACUUCUGUAUAUGUCCCAAAGAAUUUCGGGGCAAGAAUUGUGAAGAUAGAAAUUACUGCGCUUCAAACCCCUGUAAGAAUGGAGCUACAUGUACUGAGAUUUCUGGUGCAUUCAAGUGCAGUUGCCCCCAUGGAUUUCUUGGGGUUGUUUGUGAAGAGCCUAAUCCUUGCCACCCAAACCCUUGUAAGAAUGGGGGGGUAUGCACAAGGUCGGAUUCUGAAGAAAAGUUCUCGUGUAUCUGUCAAGAAGGAUUUAAAGGAAUGCAUUGUGACUCCAUAAACAAGUGUGACCCAAAUCCUUGCAGAAAUGGCGCAACUUGUCAGCAGACUGCUGGUGACAAAUACACCUGUAUUUGUCCUCCAUCUUUCAAAGGAACUCUAUGUACAGAAACAAAGCAAUGCUACACCAACCCUUGCCUUAAUUCUGGAACCUGCCACGAGGAUGGGUUUGGUUAUAAUUGUACUUGUAGACUGGGAUACACCGGAAGCAAUUGUGAAAGUCACGUGUGUCAUCCCAGCCCUUGCUUGCAUGGUGGUCACUGCAGGGUAUCAUUUGGUCAUUCCAAGUGUGUUUGUCCUCCUCUCUUUAAAGGAAAUAAGUGUGAAAUUCCACAUCCAUGUUACACUCGACCUUGUUUGAAUGACGGUGUCUGCAUCGACUCUUACAGCGGUUAUAACACCUAUCCUGACCAAUGGAAUCACGGCCACCUUCAGUACCUAUGUAUUUGCCGCUCGGGCUAUACUGGGUCUAACUGCGAAGUGGACAUCUGUAAACACUGCGACAUUAACGCAAAAUGCAUAAAUCAGACUUGUACUUGCGUUGAAGGAUACUAUGGCGAUGGCUUUACCUGCAAGAAAAUUCCGCAUCCGUGUCAUCCAAAUCCUUGUAAAAAUGAAGCCAAAUGCAGAGAACUUGGUGCUGGAGAGUAUGAUUGCGAGUGUCCUCCAGGAACGAGUGGAAAGCACUGCGAAGUAAAGGAUGCCUGUAGCCCCAAUCCUUGCAAAAAUAGUGGGAAAUGUAUUCAAACCCAAGAAGGCGGCUUCAAAUGCGUUUGUGAGAAUGGAUAUACCGGUACAAACUGCGAGCUUCCUAUUGAUGGGUGCCAAAGUGAUCCGUGUCAGAACGGAGGAACUUGUCUCAGUGAAAACGGGAAGGUAGUUUGCAAGUGUAAAGGAAAGUUUACCGGACCAACUUGUCAAGAAUGUGGAUGUCCAAAGGGAAAUCCUACGGCAAAUCCUCCUGUUUUCGCACAGAAAUGCGACGCUGACGGCGGUUGCUAUUGUGAGGAUGGAUUGGAUCUAAGAGACGACGGAUGCGCUAAAGGAAGAACCAACAAUCCCUGUCUAUCCAACCCCUGUCAGAAUGGAGGAACGUGUGAGAAUAUUAAUACUAACACAGCAUACAAGUGUAACUGUCCAGAGGGAUACACAGGAACUAAUUGUGAAAAGGCGAUUUGCACACCCGGCUAUUGUCUGAAUGGUGGAAUCUGCAAGUCUGUUGGGAAUACGCCAACCUGUAUUUGUCAAGCUGGCUACACAGGACCAAGAUGUGAAAAAAAAACGCCCACAGAGACUAAGGACUACUGUCACCCUAAUCCCUGCCUAAACAGCGGUAGUUGUGUUCAGGUUGUCGGAGGAUAUGACUGCCACUGCGAUGAGCAAUAUACUGGGGCCCAUUGUGAAGUUGAUAAGUGCGCAAAGUGUGAUGCGCAUGCCUUGUGCGUCAGAGGUCGUUGCAAGUGUAUGCCAGGUUACAUAGGAACAGGGUAUCAAUGCGUGAAAGCUCGACACAAGCGCUGCCCGACAAUAUGUCCAAUCUACUCAACAUGUUUACAAGGAGCUUGUCAGUGUCUGCCAGGCUAUCAAAUGCAAGGAAACAACUGCAUACGUGUGACAGUUUACGCUAUACACAACGGUGAAAAUGGAGAGGAGGAGGAGGAGGAGGAGGAGGAAGAAGAAGAGGAAGUUGAACCUACUCCUCCAAUUCCUAGCACAUUUCACCCGACAAAACCACCCUCAGCGCCAACUCCGGUACCAUCACCUCUGCCGCCUGCUACAGCUCUUCCAACUCCGGUUUCACCACCACCGCCGUCCUCACCUCCCCCCGUUCCACCAAUUCAGCCAUCACCACCUCCCCCUGUUCCCCCACCACAGCCUUCGCCACCACCUCCCGUUCCUCCACCGCAACCAUCCCCACCUCCCCCCGUACCUCCACCGCAGCCAUCCCCACCGCCCCCUGUCCCACCACCACUACCAUCCUCUCCUCCCCCCGUUCCUCAACCAGUACCGUCUGCUCCACCACCUGUUCCCCAGCCUCCCGCUGCUCCACUGCCAGUCGCACCUGGUCUUCCACUGGCUCCCGGUCCUCCACCCCCAGUCAGUAGUCCAUCUGCUGCUGCUCCGCCUUCUCCGACAUCUUAUGGGCCCCCUUCCAUGGACUAUCCUCAGUAUUCUGACUAUCCUGUAAAUUAUCGUUACCCACCAUAUUAUAGGCCGAACUACAGGCCGAAUUACAGGCCGAAUUACAGACCAUAUUACAGGGCUCUGUAUGGCUAUUAACUCGUUCAAAAGAAUGGUUGCUUUCUAAGGAAUUACUUCCUGAUUGAAAAUUUCAAUUUACUCUUUCAUUUUCUUACCAGUUCCUUCGUACAUGAUUAAUUUUCAGGAUAAAAAGGACUGAACGAAGAAUCAAGCAUUGCAACAGAAAUUGUGUCAAGUAAAUCCUGAGCUGAUGUAAUCAAAAAUAAGAAGAAAAUAAGCCUAAGUUAUAUUUUGGUAGGAUAAUCAUUAUCCAUGCAUCAAUAUCAAUGUGGAUGAAAGAUAAUUAGAAAUUAGCAAAUAGUGUAAAUUAAAAAAAAAAAAGAACGGCAUCUUCAGUCUUCUUUAAUAAAGGACUAUUUCUUGA